CGGGGCGGUGCCCGCACUGCCGCCGGGCAUCGCAGCAUGGAGCCGGGCGCGGAGCCGCAGCCGGAGCCGGAGCCGCAGCCAGGCGCGGAGGAGAUCGACUUGUCCCUGGAUGACAUUAUCAAGCGCCACAAGAAAGACCAGACGGACACCCAGGCCAUCAGGAACCAGCGAAGGCAGCGGCUCGGGAACAGGACCGCGUAUGGAUACGGGAGGCCGUGGCUCCGUGCCUGGGUGCAGCGCAACCUGCAAGGACCCAAUCGAUUAAGAAGAGGAUUUGGACAGCAGCAGUACAACCGGCAGCAGUGGAGGGGCACCAUACCUGGCCCAAGGAGAAGAACAGCCGUGACAUUAAAUGGAGUGAGCCCCUUAAAUCGCCAGAUUUCUACUCAAGAGGGCAACCAGAAUGAAGAAGGGUUCAGCAAAAGUGAUGACAGUGGACAGACCGGAGCACAGACCAGGCCCCUCCUGCACCCUCGGAGAUUCAGGACCCUGGGUGCCGCAGUCCAAGGCCCAGCGAGAAGCGGCCGGCCUUUCACCCUAAACAGGAGGCCGGCCUUCCAGCAGAAGCAGAUACAACAGAGGCGAUCCAAGCCCGGCUUUUACAGAGGGCAAAACGAAGCCAGCCUAGCCGGGAAACCACCAUGGAUGAGAAGGUGGCAGCUGGCACCCAACCCUGGCGCAGUGCUGACCGUCUCUGUGGCAAAUCCUCAGGCAGGCCAAGGCAACGUCCCCUUCUCCAGGCCGGGAGCCAACCGUCCGUUCCUGAGAGGCAGGAGACCCCCCUUCCCCAGGCCGACCAAGCCCCAGCCCAAAGGAGUGAUGCUGAGGUUCAACUUCCGCGCCAUGGCGAACCAGACCAGCCUGACCCUGGACGAGCGGUUCUCUGGGCUGAGGAACAAGUGGCGUUUCAUGGCCGCCAGGAACGUGGGACGGAUGGUCACCAUGCCCUGAUGCCAUAUGCUCCCCGCGGGGCCGGCGGCCUGACUCGGCCCAGCCCGGCCAACCUGCAGCCCAAUAAACACAAUAGCUUUCCUGA